UUCCAAUGACGUGUCGCUCCUCCAUUGGCCAGACCUUCGGCGCAACCCACUCCUACCCCUCAUAACGGCGCCGUCAAAUCCCUCCGUUUCCAGAUUCCCCGUCACUGUUAAACGGAGUCUGGACCACCACGAUACAACGCACCAUCACUUAAUAAAAUUAAACAUAUAGUGUGCUAAUUACCCAAUCACAACCGUUGAACCCAUUUCGUCAUUAUCACUAUUUUUUUCGUCGUCUCCGUACUACACGCGCCACCAAAUUACGCACACACACCCCACACACACACACACACUAACACUUUCCCUUCCCCUUCCCCUUCUCUCUCUCUCUCUCUCUCUCUCUCUCUCUCUCUCUCUCGCUUUCUCUCUCAAUUACACUAACGUAAUCAAAAUAAAUAAGGAAGAAAAAAAGAAACAACGCAGCAUCACCUGAAAAGAGAGAGUGUAAGGAAAGGAAUCGCGGGAGCACGUGGUUGCGUUCGAAGCCAGCAAUGGAGAUUGCUCAGGUCGGUGUGAGGACAAGGGCUCAAGCUGCGUUAGCCAUGGGAGCUGCCACGUCACCUCCAACAACACCUAAGAGAAGGAAGAUAAACAAAGCCAGGAGCAGUAAUGAAGAGCGAAAAUUAUCAACGGCGUCGACUUCAGCAAUCGUUAAGCUCGGGAGAAGGAGGAGAAGCGCUGCUUCCGUCGUUGAGGCGGUUCUGCCGGAGGCGGCGACGGAGGAAAGGUGCUCUAGCCCUAACUCCGGUGAAUUCCCGGCGUCUUGUUGUUGCAGCAAUGGAUCCGUUGGGCUUGACGAGGAGAGGAUCGAGUUGUCAGAUCUGGAGGUGGAGAGCGCGCAAGUUGAAACAUCUACGUGCAAUUGUGGAGACGAAACCGAAAGGAGAGAGAUGAACCAUGGAGGGCGAGACAAUUCACAAGAGCUGGAGUCAGUGGAAACCGAUUCUCGCCGUCCUUCGUCAACGGCGCAAAACAUGCCAACGGAGUUGGAGCUCGAAGAAUUCUUCGCCGCAGCUGAGAAAGACAUCAAGAAAAGGUUUCAAGAAAAGUAUAACUAUGAUAUUGGGAAUGACGUGCCGUUGGAAGGACGAUACGAGUGGGUUGAAUUGAAGCCAUAGAAGAGGCCGGCAAAUGCAUCACAGCAUUUUUAGCUUACUGCUCGCGCCAUUUCCAACACGCUAUCAAUUAAGCCAACCUCAUGAAGAAAGAAGACACACUAUUACUAUUACUACUGGUGAAUAUGAUCCCGUCUCAACAUGCCACUUUGCUGACUCUAUUCUUACGUUUAGUUUAGGUAUUUUAAUUUCACAUCUUAUCUUCUUCUUCUUCUUUACGCUAGCCAACCAGGACUCUCUUGUUCUGGAGUACAGCUUUAAUUUAUAUAUGUUCGUCGUGCUUAAGAGUGAAAAAAGAAAAUUCCGAAAUUCA